CUCACGAGGUGGUUGUAUUUCUCUGUAAUAACCCUCAACAAAAAAAAAAAAACUUCCAUUGAACUAUUGAAGAAAGCUUACCUUGUCUGUCUUCUAAGCUCAAAUCACCUUCUCUCUCUCUCUUUAUAGAGUAUUUAUUAUAAUGUAAUAAUGAGAGUAAAUACAGAUACUGUUCUUAUCUACAUGAGUUUCAUAUCUUCUCUGUUCAACUCAUUAUGUUAGAAGAACAAAGACGAUUAUGAAGAAAUUGCUAUAAGAAGAAACCCAAACUCACCCUUACAAUAAAAAAGAGAGAAAUUUAUUGGUAGAUCUAAUUAUAAACAUUUUUCUUUUUCUUUUGGGAAUUUUUUUUGUGCUGAUUGGGAGAAAAAGAUGAGCAAUCUGAGUUAUCUUGAACCAGAUUACUCUGAGUUCGUUGAAGUUGAUCCUACGGGAAGAUAUGGAAGAUAUAAUGAAGUUCUGGGUAAAGGAGCUUCAAAGACUGUUUACAGAGCAUUUGAUGAGUAUGAAGGGAUAGAAGUAGCAUGGAACCAAGUAAAGCUCUACGAUUUCUUACAGAGCCCUGAGGAUCUUGAGAGGCUUUACUGUGAGAUUCAUCUCCUAAAGACCCUAAAACACAAGAACAUCAUGAAAUUCUACACCUCUUGGGUCGAUACCGCCAAUCGAAACAUCAAUUUUGUUACUGAAAUGUUCACUUCUGGCACCUUAAGACAGUAUAGACUCAGGCAUAAGAGAGUGAACAUAAGAGCGGUGAAGCAUUGGUGUAGACAGAUCUUGAGAGGCCUACAUUAUCUUCACAGCCACGACCCUCCUGUAAUCCACAGGGAUCUCAAAUGUGACAACAUUUUCGUUAAUGGGAAUCAAGGAGAGGUCAAGAUUGGAGAUCUUGGCCUCGCUGCCAUUUUAAGAAAGUCCCACGCUGCUCACUGUGUCGGGACGCCUGAGUUCAUGGCUCCUGAAGUUUACGAAGAAGCGUAUAACGAACUGGUCGAUAUAUACUCUUUCGGUAUGUGCAUUUUGGAAAUGGUUACGUUUGAUUACCCGUACAGUGAAUGUACUCACCCUGCUCAGAUCUACAAGAAAGUUAUGUCGGGAAAGAAACCGGAUGCGUUGUACAAGGUGAAAGACCCCGAGGUUAAAUAUUUCAUAGAGAAAUGCUUGGCCACAGUAUCGCUUAGAGUCUCUGCUCGUGAGUUACUAGAUGACCCUUUUCUUCGAAUAGACGAUGGUGAAUUUGAUUUGAGAUCAGUUGAUAUGGAUGAUUCCGUCGGGCCGCUGGUUAGGCAGCCACAUCAUCUUGCUGACUACUACAAUUACCCGUCGAAUAGUAGCUCUCUGAAUCGCCAGUACUCAAAUGGUUAUAACGGCCACCACGAGUAUCCAAACGGGUGGGCGUAUAAUCCAGCAGAGACAGAGGAGACUCACGGAAUCGAGCUCUUUGAGUGUCGAAACGAAAAUGACCAAGAAGAAGACAAGAGCUCUGGUAAUGUUGAUAUUAGCAUCAAAGGCAAGAGAAGAGAUGAUGGUGGCUUAUUCUUGCGUCUUAGGAUCACUGACAAAGAAGGGCGUGUCCGGAACAUUUACUUCCCAUUUGACAUCGAGACAGACACGGCACUGAGCGUAGCAACAGAGAUGGUAGCGGAACUGGAUAUGGACGAUCACGGAGUCACAAAAAUCGCCAACAUGAUUGACGGUGAGAUAUCUUCUCUUGUGCCUGGUUGGAGACCUGGCCCUGAAUUCGAAGAAUCUCUUGCGGCUGCAGCAGCGGCACACGCGAACGCGAAUAUUUGCAGCAACUGCGUAUCAAACCGCACUUCAAUGGGGUCGGUGAUGGAUUUCCUGAGGACCAACCCUGGAGCAAAUGUUGCACAAUGUUGCAGAAACGGUUGCGGCGAGACUCAUGGCCGGUUUGAAGAGAUCACAAUCAGAGAAACCGAGGUUCGUCUUAGAGAGAUCUGGAAGCUGCAGCAGCAGCAGGAAAGCCGCGAGCUUAGCUCGAUAGAUUCGGGGCAAAACCACUCUGAAGAAGAAGAAGAAGAAGAAGAAGAAGAAGAAGAAGAGGAAGAAGAGGCAUACGAGAACCCUGAAAUCACGUUUUCUUGCGAGGCAAGUAACCCGAUAAACCACCUAUCGGGGUCUGGAUCGUUCUCGUUUUUGCCGUCUAUUUACUGCGAUGAGCUAGCCGAGAAAACCGAAAAUCAGGUCCAACAGGAGUUAAGAUGGCUUAAAGCCAAAUGUCAAGUUGAGGUCAGAGAUAUGCAAGAUAAGCAUUUAAAAUCCCGGUGGCCGGAAUCCGGAGAAGAGGCGGAUAUCUGUCGGAAAGACGGAUUCUCGGAAUCGGUAGAUAAGGUGAAAGAGAAGACGUUUGGAGGAAGUUUGGUACCAAAAUGUCUUAAGAGGACAACUUCACUUCUUGUUGAUGCCAUCGAUUCUUGA